CCUCUCACUCCUUUCGCGCCAAUUCCUCCUGCUCUUUCUCUCCGACCUCGCUGCGGAUGUGCUCCGCGAAACCCUAAAGCUCCGCCCGUCGCCAUGGCUUGAUCCGCAAUCGCAUCCUCUCAAAGGUCCGAGCUUUUUGCUUCAACGCCGGCGAAGCGACCAAUGGCGGAGCCUCCCGCGAAGCGCCCCAAGAUCGUCAGGGGAGAAGAUGAUUACUUGCCCGGGAAUAUAGUUGAGAUUGAACUUCAUAAUUUUAUGACUUUUGAUUACUUGAAAUGCAAACCAUGCUCGAGAUUGAACCUUGUGAUUGGUCCAAAUGGUUCUGGGAAGAGUUCUAUUGUAUGUGCCAUUGCUCUAGGUCUUGGUGGCGACCCUUCGCUACUUGGAAGAGCAACAAGUGUUGGAGCAUAUGUGAAGCGCGGGGAGGAAAAUGGAUACAUUAAAAUUUCCUUGAGAGGGGACACGGAGGAGGAGCAUAUAGUCAUCACACGAAAAAUAAGUACUCAGAAAAAUUCUGAAUGGUUGUUUAAUGGCAAAGUGGUGCCCAAGAAAGAGACUGCCGUUACUCAAAGAUUCAACAUUCAAGUCAACAAUUUAACUCAAUUUCUGCCGCAAGACAGGGUCUGUGAAUUUGCCAAGUUAACUCCUGUGCAACUUCUGAAAGAGACGGAGAAGGCUGUUGGCGAUCCUCAGCUUCCUAUCCAGCAUGACGCUCUUAUUCAGAAGAGUCAUGACUUGAAGAUUAUCGAGCGGUCUGUUGAGAGAAAUGGAGAAACACUGGAUCAGUUGAAGGCCCUUAAUGCUGAACAAGAGAAAGAUGUUAAGCGUGUACGAAGAAGGGAAGCACUGCUAGAAAAGGCUGAGUUGAUGAAGAAGAAGUUGCCAUGGCUUAAGUAUGACAUGAAAAAAGCUGAAUAUAUGAAGGCUAAAGAGCUGGAAAAUGAUGCAAAGAGCAAAUUAAAUGAAGCUGCAAAGACUUUAAAUGAUUUCAAAGAGCCCAUUGAGAAGCAGAAGAAGGAUAAAGUGGCACUGGAAGCUAAAUGUAAAAAAGUUGGCAGUCUCAUAAGUGACAAUGCCAAGAGACGCAUGGAAAUUAUGGAGAAGGAAACCCAAUUGGAGGUGCAAGCACAGGGAAAGUACAGGGAAAUCCAGGAUUUGAGGAAGCAAGAAGCAUCCCGGCAGCAAAGAAUCUUAAGAGCAAAAGAGGAACUCACUGCUGCCGAAUCAGAACUUGAAAAUUUGAGUUCAUAUGAGCCACCAACAGCUGAAAUUAGCAAGUUACGUGCUUCUAUCCUAGAAAUGGAGGAUUCUGAGAGGAACAUGAGGCAACGAAAGUCAGAGCAAGAAAGAAGCUUGGUUCAGCUUAAAACGUCAUUGUUGCACUGUACAGACAGGUUAAAGGAUAUGGAGAGUACAAAGAGCAAACUUCUAUAUGCUCUAAAAAAUUCUGGAACUGAGAAGAUAUAUGAAGCUUAUCAAUGGUUGCAAGAACAUCGAUCUGCAUUGAAUAAGGAGGUGUAUGGUCCUGUGCUACUUGAGGUCAAUGUUUCGGACAGGGCCCAUGCUAGUUACCUAGAAGGCCACAUCCCUUAUUACAUGUGGAAGUCUUUCAUAACUCAAGAUUCUGGGGAUCGAGACUUCCUUGUAAAAAAUCUCCGGCCAUUUGAUGUUCCUGUAUUGAAUUAUGUGGGUAAAAGUGGUCAUCAAAAAGAACCCCUUCACAUUCCAGAGAAGUUGCAUGCACUUGGCAUCUAUUCCCGGCUUGACCAAGUCUUUGAUGCUCCCGAUGCUGUCAAGGAGGUUAUGAUCAGCCAAUUUGGUUUGGAAUACUCGUACAUUGGAACAGCAGAAACUGAUCAGAAGGCAGAUGACGUUUCAAAGUUGGGAGUUCUGGAUUUUUGGACUCCAGAUAAUCACUAUAGAUGGUCAAGGUCUAGAUAUGGUAAUCAUGUUUCAGGGAGUGUGGAGCCAGUUGAUCGCUCGCGUCUUCUCUUGUGUAGUUCUGAUGCUGGGGAAAUAGAAAGGCUGCGAUCCAGAAAAAAGGACCUGGAAGAUCGAAUUAGUGAUUUAGAAGAGAGUCUGAGACCACUCCAGUCUGACAUAAGACAGAUAGAGGAUGAAGCUUCGAAGCUUCGCAAGCAACGGGAGGAGAUAGUCAAUACUAUCAAUCAUCACAAUAGAAAGAAGCAAGAAAUGGUAAAUCGUGUUGAUCAAAGGAAAAAGAAGUUGGCUUCUCUGCAGGAGGAGGAUGACCUGGAUACUAUUGUGGAAAAGCUUGCUGAGCAGGCUGCUGCAUUUAAUGCUGAGCGAUACAAAUAUGCACUUCGUGUGAAGGAAUUACUUGGUGAGGCUUUUUCUUACAAAAGAAGUUUUGCCCAUAAACAUAUGGCUUCUAUUGAGUUUGACGCAAAGAUUAGAGAAAUGGAAAUCAAUCUCAAGGAGCAUGAGAAGUUUGCGCUGCAAGCAUCACUACACCUUGAGUAUUGUAGGAAGGAGGUAGAAGAUCAUAGGCGGUAGCUAGCUGCUGCCAAGCAGCAGGCAGAAUCAAUCACAAUGAUUACUCCAGAACUUGAAAAGGCAUUCCUUGAGAUGCCAACUACUGUUGAGGAACUAGAGGCUGCUAUACAAGAUAAUAUUUCUCAAGCGAAUUCAAUUCUCUUUCUAAACCCCAAUAUAUUGGCAGAGUACGAGGAUCGUCGGCGCCAGAUUGAGGCAAUUGCAAGGAAACAUGAAGCUGAUAAAAGAGAACUGACGAGAUGUUUAACAGAAAUAAAUGCCCUCAAGGAAUAUUGGCUGCCUACCUUGAGAAAUAUUGUGAGUCGGAUUAAUGAAACUUUUAGUCGUAAUUUCCAAGAGAUGGCUGUUGCAGGGGAGGUUUCAUUGGAUGAGCAUGGCUCGGACUUUGAUCAAUAUGGAAUACUUAUAAAAGUGAAAUUCAGGCAAGCUGGACAACUUCAAGUUCUUAGCGCUCACCACCAGUCUGGAGGGGAACGCUCCGUAUCAACUAUUCUUUAUCUUGUUUCCCUUCAAGACCUGACUAACUGCCCAUUUAGGGUGGUUGAUGAGAUAAAUCAAGGAAUGGAUCCUAUCAAUGAAAGAAAGAUGUUUCACCAAUUAGUCAGAUCCGCCAGUCAACCCAAUACACCCCAGUGUUUUCUUCUUACUCCGAAGUUGCUAUCGGAUUUGGAAUACAGCGAAGCAUGUAGCAUCCUGAAUAUAAUGAAUGGGCCUUGGAUAGAGCAGCCUUCAAAAGUGUGGAGCAGCGGUGAGUCUUGGCGUUCAAUCACAGGCUUGGUUGGCAAACGUUGAUGCUGAUAUUAAUCUCUCUACAAUGUUUUUUGCACGGAUGCAAAAACAUUUGGUAGUGUGAUGCGAAACAUUGCCCUGCCUCCAUUUCGGUUUUGUGUCGAAUAUGCCUAAGUUUUGGUGCUGGUCAUUAGAGUUUCCUUAGUUCUUGUAUAUUAAAAAUAAGGUCGCAUCUGGAUUUAGGAGCACCAUAUUAUUUAAAAUGUCAGUAAUGCCCCUGGUGCUCAUGGGAUGCUGUUGAUGACAAAUUAUUGCUGCACUCUGUUCUUUGUAUAAAUUGUAUUUGAAUGACAUGGCAUCGUUAACUAAUCUGAAUAGUAAAUGAUUUUGGUUUGUCC